GUCGGUCCAGCAGUCAGUCUAUAGCCCUUACAGCGACCGCUAAGAGCCCCAUUGAGAGGGUCCUUCCACCAAAAUGUGUGAUUAGCUAUCUGGAUAAAGAUGAUAUACAUAUCCGUGGUAAAGCCGUGAAGAGGGAGAAUCAUAAAAAGAUCCACAGAGAAAUAAAGGUAUUUUGUAUCAGACACUGAUUUAAAUAUGGGACUGCUGACUGGACUUGUGAUAAUAACUGUGAUCUUGAUAUUGGUGAGCUGUGAUUGCUGUGCACUUCAUCCCCACACGCUCUUGAACACGCCUGAACUGAUUCGAGUCCGCGGCUACCCGGCUGAGGUGCACCACGUGACCACCCGCGAUGGGUACGUUCUUCAGAUACACAGGAUCCCUCGCGGACUGACUCCCACGGCCCGCCCCUGCGCCCGCCGCACGCACUUCCGAACCCACGAGUCGAAGGGCGCGAGGUGGAUACUGUUGGAAUGGUUAAAUAAAGUUUAUAGUCGAGAGAAUGCAAGCAGGUGUGACUCAGCACGAGGAAAGCGUCCAGUUGUCCUGCUCAUGCACGGGGUCCUCUCCUCGUCCGACGAUUUCGUGUUAAAUGAUCCACACCAGGCGCUAGCCUUUAUGUUAGCGGACGCUGGCUACGAUGUGUGGCUGGGAAACGCGAGGGGAAACACGUACAGCCGCCGCCAUGUGCGACUCUCGCCCGAUCAGCCCGAAUUCUGGGAUUUCAGCUGGGACGAAAUCGCCCAGUACGACCUUCCGGAUAUGCUGGCCUACAUCAGGAACACCACGCGGGCGCCGACGCUGGACUACGUAGGGCACUCCAUGGGCACCACCGUCUUCUUCGCUAUGAUGAACUACUACCCUCACAUCAAUGGCUGGAUCCGGAAGAUGGUUGCCAUGGCCCCGUCGGCAUAUAUCCAUAAUAUUUUCGCCGGUUAUAGGCUGCUCUCUAUUUUCAACCAAAUAGUGGGUGGGAGUGCGAGCAAGUUCGAGACAGGUCGGUUGUCCGUGGAGAUGAAAACCAGCCUCGCCAACCUCUGUUCUCCCGACGCGCUGACAAGGGGCGUUUGCCUCAAGAUCAUUGGCCUCGUUGCUGGACCUUCCCGACAUGCCAUUGAAAGGGAUUACCUCCCCGUGAUCGUCGCGCACACCCCCGCCGGCGUCGCCACCAGGGUCCUCGCGCACUACUCGCAGCUCAUCCUCGCCCAGAGGUUUCAAGCGUUUGAUCAUGGACCAACAAGAAACCUGGAAAAAUACGGGUCGCCUACACCCCGCCAGUACUCCCUGAAGCGAGUCACCGUACCCGUGGGUUUGUUUUGGUCUCAAGAUGAUUGGAUCAACACUCCCAGAGACGUGGCGCAGAUUGCAAAGGAGCUUCCGCGCGUGAUGCUGAACUACAAGGUCCCGCUCAGAGGGUUCAACCAUCUGGACUUUCUCUGGUCUGAGGACGCCCGUCGCCUUGUUUAUAUCCCCUUAAUGAAAUUCCUAAAAACUUAAGAUUAAAAAAUAAAAAAAUAAAAAGUC